AUGUCGAUCGGAGAAGACGCUCCAGCAGCGCCUGCGUCGUGCGCAUGGGCAACGCUGCUCACCUCCGAGCACCUGCUACCGGGCGUCGUCGUCUUUGCCCACUCCUUGCUGGUCCAACACUCUUCCGCGUAUCCACUCGUCAUCAUGGCCACCUCGAAGCUCUCCGAUCGAGCACGGAACAUCCUCGCAACCAUGCUACCCGCAGGACGUGUUGUCGUACGCGACAUUGAGCCCAUCUACCCUUCGUCGGCUGCAACUGGCUUGGCGUAUACGCGCUUCAACGAGGUGUGGACCAAGCUGCGCGCCUUCGAGCUGGUAGAGUAUGAGCGUGUAGCGCUGGUGGAUUCCGAUAUGCUUGUGCGCCACAAUAUGGACCACCUCUUCUCCGAUCCAUACGUAUUUGGUGACCAGGGCAAAGGCAAGGGGCAAGAGUGGAUCGGGGCCAGUUGGGCCUGCACGUGCAAUCCGAACAAGAUUCCCACAUACCCAGACGAAUGGAUCCCUGCCAACUGCGGCUUCACUCCACAAUCGCUCCCGGACGCAGCAUCAUCGUCUAGUGUCCCGCAACCUACCGCCUCCACGCCCGCUCCUGCCAAACUCAUCAACUCGGGUCUCGUCAUCCUGACUCCCUCCACCACCACCAUGUCGCUCAUGAUCGAGUCGAUCAACACCGACCCGCGCAUCCAACACUACCGCUUCCCCGAUCAAGACUUUCUCGCCGACUUCUUCUCCGUCCACGACCGUCACAUCCGCUACUUGCCCUACAAAUACAAUGCGCUCAAGAAACUGCGUAUCGUCCAUCCCAACAUCUGGUCCGACUCCGAGGCCACCAACGUCCACUACAUUCUCGAUAAACCCUGGAUCUUGGGUAGGCCCGGCGGUAAAGCUAAUGUCGAAGGCAAGGAUCCAGAUGCAGAGAUACACUCCUGGUGGUGGGACACUUUUGACCAGGUCAAGCAGCACUGCGAAUCCGCGACGAAAGGUUCAAUCAGGUUGAGCAAAGACGACUGGAAAGAGUGCGUGGAAAAGCAUAUGACAAUGGACUAG